GAUAUAUCUAUAAAUUUUAUUAUUUACUUACUAGAGAGUGGGGGCUAUGAUAUAGUAUUAAUAAUUAUUAAUUAUCUAAUUAAAAUAAAGUAUCUAAUUUCCUGUAGUACUAUGGCUAAUACUACUGCUAUAAUUCUUAUAUAUAUUCAGUAUAUAUAA